AGAGUACGCUCUAUUCAGGUCUAGACGUUAUUUUGCUUUUUGUUCCGGAAUAAGGAGCCGAGGGGAGAGGCUUUUUCGCCUCUGUUUCCCUCUUAUAGCUUCCCUUCCUAUGGACCGUAAAAACCUACUGCUGCUACUACGGAGCUAAACAGUCACUGUCUUAGCUCUAUGAUGUGCGUUCUUCCACUAGAAGCUUUUCUGACGGCUGAGGCAAUUUAAAAUCAGUAGAAUGGAAAGAAAGUGCUGUAGGCGGCCUGGGUUAUGGCCCUUCUCGACAAUGUAUACAUUCCUGCUAGGUGCCUUAUUCAUUGCUUUAAGCUCAAGUCGCAUCUUACUGGUAAAAUACUCUGCCAAUGAAGAGAACAAGUAUGAUUAUCUACCAACUACUGUGAAUAUAUGCUCAGAACUGGUGAAGCUAGUUUUCUGUGUGCUUGUGUCCUUCUGUGUUAUAAAGAAAGAACCUCAUCGAAGUAGAAAUUUGAGAUGUGCUUCCUGGAAGGAAUUCUCUAAUUUCAUGAAGUGGUCCAUUCCUGCCUUUCUCUAUUUCCUGGACAACUUGAUUGUCUUCUAUGUCCUAUCCUAUCUUCAGCCUGCCAUGGCUGUUAUCUUCUCAAAUUUUAGCAUUAUAACAACAGCUCUUCUAUUCAGGAUAGUGCUGAAGCGGCAUCUAAACUGGACACAGUGGGCUUCCCUCCUGAUUCUCUUCUUGUCUAUUGUGGCCCUAACUGCUGGCACUAAAACUUCACAGCAUAACCUGGCAGGACAUGGAUUUCAUCAUGAUGCCUUCUUCACCCCAUCCAAUUCAUGCCUUCAUUUCAGAAGUGAAUGUUCCAGAAAAGACAAUUGUACGGCAAAGGAGUGGACUUUUCCUGAAACUAAAUGGAACACCACAGCUAGAGUUUUCAGUCACAUUCGCCUUGGCUUGGGCCAUAUCCUUAUUAUAGUACAGUGUUUUAUUUCUUCAAUGGCCAAUAUUUAUAAUGAAAAAAUAUUGAAGGAAGGGAACCAGCUCACUGAAAACAUCUUCAUACAGAACAGCAAACUCUAUUUCUUUGGCAUUCUUUUUAAUGGACUGACACUGGGCCUUCAGAGCAGUAACCGUGAUCAGAUUAAGAACUGUGGAUUUUUUUAUGGACACAAUGUAUUUUCAGUAGCCCUUAUUUUUGUAACUGCAUUCCAGGGCCUUUCAGUGGCUUUCAUUCUCAAGUUCCUGGAUAACAUGUUCCAUGUCUUGAUGGCUCAGGUCACCACUGUCAUCAUCACAGCAGUAUCUGUCCUGGUCUUUGACUUCAGGCCCUCCCUGGAGUUUUUCUUGGAAGCCCCAUCAGUCCUUCUCUCCAUUUUUAUUUAUAAUGCCAGCAAGCCUCAAAGCCUGGAAUAUCCACCUAGGCAAGAGAGGGUCAGAGAUCUAAGUGGCAAUCUUUGGGAGCGUUCCAGUGGGGAUGGAGAGGAACUGGAAAGGCUUACCAAGCCCAAGAGUGAUGAAUCAGAUGAAGAUAAUUUCUAAUUGGUACCCAAAUAGUUGGCAGCUCUCACAAUCGUAUUUUCACAUUUUCAAUAUUUGUAAUAUUUAUGUUUUCAUUUUGAUAAACCAAGGAUGCACUAAAGUAUAACCCUUUUUGUAUCUAUCUAAUCGCUCCUAAAACAGUUUCCCAAGGCUUAAAGUACCCAAAGUGUGAAAAAUUUCCCAGGAAAUGACACAGAUAUCAUAGCAUAGAGACUAUAUUAAUAACCCAGUGUUUGGUAAGUCAGCAACAAAUAUUUGCAGAUUAUUUUCCUUGUACUCCAAGUUUCCAAAUUUGAAGUAAUCAUGUUAGCUAGAUCCUAUAAAUAUAUAGAGAUCAGUUUGCCAGAUAUUCAUAAUUAUGUGGUUCUAGUCUGCAUGUGACAGUCUUCCCUUUUUUUAUGAUAAAUAACAUAGGUUUCCUCUCCAAUUUAGAGUCUGUAGAGAUAGUCAUUUUGCAAUUAAAAAGCAAUGAAAGUAAAAAUUUUGGCUGGAGGGCCUAUCUGACUGUGCCAUAGUUUCAGGAUGAUGUAGUCUGUGCUAAAUGUUUUGCCGAAAAAGUAACUUUUCUGAAACAAAAUCUCAGAAUUUUAGUUUUUAGGAAUUUACAGAAAUUUUUUUUGUAAUUAUCUUUCAGUGUUUUAUAUACAAGUAAGCUUUGUGUAAAUGAAGUUGGUUCCCAAGUUACCACAGUCAGCACUUGUACUUAAGCAAACCAUUGUGAGUUUUUUGUUCCUUCCUCUUCAAUUUGUAUAUCUCAACAUCUUUGCAUCAUUGCUUUUGGAUUAUUACAUUUUGGAAAAUAAAUAUGAAGCCAUUUUGUUUUAUUAGUUAUUAAUUAAAGCUUGUGACUGUUAAUAUGUCUUUAUAUCAUAUUCUGUUUCUGAGAGUCAAAACACUGGCUUCAAAAUCAUUACAAGAUUAUCACUAAGACUAAUGCCAAAGAAUUCCUUUAAAAAAGAUGCUUUUGCAAAUAAAUGUUGACUUUUAAUGAAAUAUGAAUAGUAUAACUCUAAAAAUAGCAAAUCACUUUACAGUAAUUGUUCUCACUUAUAAGUGCAUGGUAUUUUUUAAGGUACUUUUGCAUGCAGCCAAUUGACUCUAUUAGAUAGAGCAAUCAGGUGAUAGAUAAUUUAAAAACAAGAAAACAGUGAUUUGUUCAAGGUCAUGCAGCUGAAUGGUGAUAGGAGGACAGGCUUUAGCUUAUAACACUGUAUGUUUACAAAGUUCUAUACUGUAAAUUUAAGUGAUAAGGUGUCAUGGAGCCUACACAUUUCUUCUUUAUUUCCUCUUAAUUUUUAUAUAUGUAAGAUAAUGCUAUUAUAUAAUCCAUCUGUGAUAUCCUGAAUAAUAUGACUGUCAAGAAUUGGUCACAAUUUGUAAUUAAAUUAAUUAUUAAACCUGUA